AUGCCUUCUACUAUCCAGUCUACCCAAUCCCUGCCAACCUACUUUAUUGGUCAUGCCGGCGUGGGCCUUCUCUUUGAUGAUCGACCUCGAAAUAAAAUUGUUCAAGCCAGCUUGAGGGAUAUUGGGGAAGAAAUCCAAUCUCUUUCACCGCGCCCCAAGGCAGUUGUUGUGUUCAGCGGCCACUUUGAAGCAGGCGAGAUCCAUGGGCCUGGAGUGAUUGAAGUAAAUGUCAAACGUGUGACACAUAUACAGCAUGACUUUGUCAACGAUUUUCAUGACUCCAAGCCGUUCGUCUACGAAUACGACUGGCCGCAUCAGGAUGCACCCGAGCUAGCGGCACAGCUAUGGGAACACCUACGCAAGGCCGGAAUUAAGGCUAAACGUGUGGAGAGAGGAGUGGAUCACGGUGUCUGGGUGCCUUUCAAGGUCAUGUUUCCGAGUGAGAAGCCGCUGGACAUACCUGUAAUUCAAAUCUCGACAUUCCACGGCACUGAUCUCGAGAGCCAAAUUCGUCUGGGUCAGGCCUUGAAGUCUUUACGACAUGAGGGGUAUCUCAUUAUAGGUUCAGGCAUGGCUGUUCACUCGUUCGCCUCGAUUGAUGAGAUUAUACAUGCUGCCACAGAGGAGGAGAGGGAGACCAUCCGGGCCAAGAUCCUUGCCGAGUCGAGGGAUUUUGAUACUCAUCUGAGAGCAGCAGUGACAAAGAAGGACGCAAAUGAGAGAAAUGAAGCUUUGCUGAAGCUGGAGAGCUUGUACGAGUUCAAGCGGUCCCAUCCGACUGUCGAGCACUUCACACCACUCCUGGUUGCUGCUGCUGCGGCUGGAGAUGCGGAUGUGGAAGCCCUAGGCGUGGACUUGGUCGACCCAGGCUUCUCUUAUCUCAAUCUACGUUUUGCUUAG